ACACCAUAAUAAUCAUGUCUGUCAAGAAAGGAUCAGGAGGUGGUGGCUCGAUCGUUGUUCACAAUAGUGAGCUCUACUCAGAAUUAAUGAGAGAUUGUACUCAACAACAAAAUGAAGAAGUUGUUGAUCAAAAACAGAGUUCUGUUGUCAGUCCACUUGUGUCCCCACGUCAGCACUAUGGCUCUUCGCCCACUCGAGUUCCAUCACGAUCAUCCACAGCACAAAUGACCAGAAUUGAGGACUGGCUGAGCCGAAAGGCCAGACGAGCUGUUGUGUCUUUCCCAGAUGACCCAAAAUUAACUGCACUCAAACAACACUGUGACAUUAUCUACAAGGAGGAAGAGGAUUUCUUAGCCGAUAUGGAUUUAUACCUUGCUCUGCAAGAAGAAAGACAGCAAUGCAAAAAAGAGAUACUGUAUAAAAAGUGGUGUGAGAGAGUGUUCAUUCCAGUACAGGCACAAAUUGAAGCACAACUUUCUAGUGAUGAUUUCCAAGCUUUGGUUAGCGAGAAAAGAGAAUUAUUUGAUCAAUAUCUCAUUUAUCGAAAUGAGAAGCAAGUUUUCCUGGACACAAUCAUACCUGAUGAGUACAAUCCUCUGCCAACUGGAGCCCUUCAGUACAUUCCUCAGGUCCACACUGGUGUUCUAGACGAUCCUCUUAUUGCUCAAAGGACAGACUACAACAAAGAGAAAAUGAUACUCAGUGGCUGUGGCCAAGAGCUUCCUCUACAACACUUUCGGCCACCUUGUGAUGGACGAGGGAAUACUGAUCCUGUACGGUGGCUUAAAAUGCAGCUGGUACACAUCGACAGUGAAGUCAGGCAAAAAAGCAACUUUUGUAGGAAUCGUAUGUGUUGUGACCACAAUAGUGAAAGUAGAAAGCAAGUUGGGAGUGAACGAGAGCUGGACAUUCCUCACAAGCGUACAGUGCACUACCCCAGAAAGCAGUUUCAGCUGACAUGGAGGAAUGAUCAUAUCACAAACUCUGACGCAGACAGUGCAUAAACUAUAAUGCCGUGUCUUAGCUAGCUGUCUGGUGGUAUUCAUUCUAAACACAA